AUGUCUUUACCAAGUGCCAAAAAUAAGCCGCCUCCUGGAAAGAGUUGGCGAGAAAUUAAUCAAGAACGUAAAGCUUUGAAACGCCAGCGUAAUGAAGAAAAGAUUUUAAAAGGAGAAAAGCGUAUGUUGUUAGAAAAAGAGAUUGAGUUAAAGAAUAAGGAGGAAAUAGAGAAAGAAAAGAAGUAUUCCGAGAUUUCUACAGUAAGCAUAGCUGUCCCUGGGUCGAUAUUGGAGAAUGCACAAUCAGCUGAAUUACGUACGUAUUUGGCUGGACAAAUUGCGAGGGCAGCGUGUGUGUUUUGUGUUGAUGAAAUAAUAGUGUUUGAUGAUAUUGGUGUUAAAGUAGACACCAAAAAAUCGAAGCUGGAAGACAAUAGUGGCACCAAAAUCGCACGCAAGAGUUGUGUGCAGUUGGCAAGAAUUUUACAGUACUUAGAAUGUCCUCAAUAUUUGAGAAAACAUUUUUUUCCACUGCAUAAGGAUUUAGAGUUUGCUGGUCUUCUCAAUCCUUUAGAUGCUCCUCAUCAUUUACGGAUGUCAAACGAUUUUCAAUUUAGGGAAGGAAUAACAAUGAAUAAGAAUGUUAAACCUGGUAAAGGCUCACAAGUUAAUGUUGGUUUGUUACAAGAUGUAUCAACUGAUAAGUUGCUUAAUCCCGGCAUAAGAGUUACUGUGAAAAUGCUUCCACUGACAGAGGGCAAGAAAAAAUUGAAAGGAAAAAUUGUCAGCCUGUCUACACCAAGAGCAGAAACUGGAGUGUAUUGGGGUUACACUGUUAGAAUCGCAAAUAAUCUUAGUCAAGUGUUUACCCAGUGUCCGUACAAAGAUGGAUAUGACCUGACUAUAGGAACAUCAGAUAAAGGAACACCAAUUGACGAUUUGCCCAACAAAGAAGUGACAUACAACCAUGCUCUAAUUGUUUUUGGUGGUUUACACGGCAUAGAAGCAGCAUUGGAAAGUGACGAACAAUUACAGGUUGACGAAGCAAGUUUACUGUUUAACCAUUAUGUAAAUGUGCUUCCCAAUCAGGGGUCAAGAACAAUUCGCACAGAGGAAGCCAUCCUCAUUGCAAUGUCAUGUUUGCAAUCAAAAUUAAAACCUAACAAUGAACCAAUGGUUUUUGAGAAAACUGGAAUAGCUGUCAGUUCUUCAUUCCCAAAAAAUAAAUCAAAUGACUCGACCAAUGACAAUAAUAUAGACUUAAGUAAAUUUGAUUAA